CCAAUACUCAGCGGGAAUGUUUUACUAUGUUACAGUGUGUAAUGUCUUCAUUGAGUCAAUAGCAGUAUGCGGCGAUGGAUAAUUUUACAUCAACAUCCCCUACAAUUCGCCUUUAUAUUAUUUUCACUGUGUCUAGUUUUUUACCGAAUUAAUCCUACCGUUUGAAUGCAUUGGUGAAGCCAGCUGGCUGGUAGUUGGGACAUUCAUUCUUUCAGUACUGGCACUGGGUUUGUUCUCUAAAUGGAUUCACGGGUACUGGAGUUUUUCAGUUAACGUUACCGGCUCCGGAUUAAAAUCAAAACCGCUUGGAUUACAAUCUGGUUCGGGCCACGGGUUCGAGAUGAGGUCCAAAAAAACAUGUUCGAAAAACAGCAAAAAGUCAAAAAAUCGAGCGACCAGGAAUACGAAAUCCUGCAAAAACCCGCCGUAUUUGCCUCCCGAGGCUGAAGAAGGCAACAUAGAAUACAAGCUGAAGCUGGUGAACCCCACCCAGUCCCGCUUCGAGCACCUGGUGACGCAGAUGAAAUGGAGGCUCCAGGAGGGUCGGGGCGAGGCGGUGUACCAGAUCGGCGUCGAGGACAACGGGCUGCUGGUGGGCCUAUCAGAGGAGGACAUGAAGGCGUCACUCAAGACCCUACGCAGGAUGGCAGAGAAGGUUGGUGCUGACAUCACGAUUAUCAGAGAGAGGGAGGUGGACUACGACUCGGACACCCCCAGGAAAAUCGCUGAGGUUUUAGUCCGGAAGGUUCCGGACGACCAGCAGUUCCUUGACCUGCGGGUGGCGGUGUUGGGUAAUGUAGACUCGGGGAAGUCCACCCUGUUGGGCGUGCUGACUCAGGGAGAGCUGGAUAACGGGCGUGGUCGAGCACGUCUCAACCUCUUCAGACACCUCCACGAGAUCCAGACAGGCAGGACCUCCAGCAUCAGCUUCGAGAUCCUGGGCUUCAACAGUAAAGGCGAGGUGGUGAAUUACAGUGGGUCUCGCACUGCCGAGCAGAUCUGUGAGAGCAGCUCCAAGAUGAUCACCUUCAUCGACCUGGCCGGGCAUCACAAGUACCUGAAGACCACCAUCUUUGGCCUGACCAGCUACUGCCCCGACUUUGCCAUGUUGGUGGUGGGGGCCAACACAGGCAUCGCGGGUACGACGCGGGAGCACCUGGGCCUGGCCAUGGCCCUGAAGGUGCCCAUCUUCAUCGUGGUGACGAAGGUGGACCUGUGCUCGCGCGGGACGGUGGAGCGGACCGUGCGCCAGCUGGAGCGGGUCCUAAAACAGCCCGGCUGCAACAAGGUGCCCAUGCUGGUCGCCAACGGCGACGACGCCGUCACCGCCGCCCAGCGAUUCGCCCAGUCGCCCAGUGUCACCCCCAUCUUCACCCUGUCCAGCGUGUCGGGGGAGAGUCUGGACCUGCUCAAGGUCUUCUUCAACAUCCUGCCCCCACUCAGCAACAGCAAGGAGCAGGAGGAGCUAAUGCAGCAGCUGACCGAGUUCCAGGUGGAUGAGAUUUACACAGUGCCAGAGGUGGGGACGGUGGUGGGAGGAACCCUGUACAGUGGGAUCUGCAGGGAGGGGGACAGGCUGGUUGUGGGCCCCACAGAUGAGGGCCAGUUCCUGGGGCUGAAGGUGAGCAGCAUGCAGAGGAACCGCUCGGCCUGCAGGGUGCUGAGGGCCGGCCAGGCCGCCACGCUGGCGCUGGGGAACUUCGACCGCUCGCUGCUGCGCAAGGGCAUGGUGAUGGUGAGCCCGGAGAUGAACCCCACCAUCUGCUGGCUGUUCGAGGCCGAGAUCGUGCUGCUCUUCCACGCCAGAACCUUCCGGAAGGGCUUCCAGGUGACGGUGCACGUGGGCAACGUCCGGCAGACGGCCAUCGUGGAACGGCUGCACGGAAAGGAGGAGCUGCGCACGGGCGAGAAGGCGGUGGUGCGGUUCAGGUUCAUCAAGCACCCCGAGUACCUGAAGGUGGGGGCCAAGCUGCUGUUCCGCGAGGGCGUGACCAAGGGCAUCGGCCAUGUCACUCACCUACAGCCCGCCUCCCUGCAUCAGCACCGCCCCUGAAGGCUGGGGUGAUGAGUGGGGGCAGGGGGGGGGUCGCCAGAGAAACGCCCAGAACCCGCCCCCACCCCAGCAGGGCAUGAGGGGCAGCUUUCACCACCACUACCCCCCCCCCCCUCCUUUUUACGUCCAUCUCAAAAAGCCUUUCUCUUCUAAAAACCUUUUUUCCUGUAACUUUAUUUGCAGCGGUCCGUAGAAAACUAUAGCCUUGUUUUAAGAAACAAACCUAAGUGUUAGGUAAUUCCUUAAUUCCCAUUGGCCAAGGCUUCCAGUCUUACCUCACCAUUUUAAAACGAGAAUAGUAAUAAUCCUGCCAUUUGUUCGUAAUCUAUUGGGAGGAUACAGAAUUAACCUGUAUUCAAUCAACAUGUGUCCUUAACUUUGACUUGUACAAGUAAACGCUAGUAUUACUCUGGUUAGCUAACUGGUUAGGAGCAGUGUUAACAAUAUGGUCUGAUAUCUAUUGCUUUUUCAAACUGACUAGAAUAUAGUUGCUUUGCCCAUGGUGCAACAGUACCCUCUACAGUUCAAGGUGUGUAACAGUUCCCGAUUUUAUAAACUAAUAGCGCAAAAUUCAGAGCCAUUCUCAUCUAUAGAAAUAAUUGACGUUGUUAUGAUGCAAAUGGGUGGGUGCCUCUUGUACACAAGUGCAUGUUAUCUUGCUUGCUGACAGUCCCCAAAUGUGCAUGUCUGUGAUGUGUAUUAUAGCUGUCAGGCUCAGACACUGAGUACUGGGGCUAUGGGACUGUCUGCACUUAUAGCCUUCAAACACACCCCAUCCCUGACAAACAACAUUUACCCAAAAUGAUCAUAAUGUAUCCAUUUUAAACAGACAAGGAGGAUAAAUCACUAAACCAUUACAAAUAAUACGUGUGUGUAACCCCUCAAAAAAUACUGGAUUUCUUAAAACUUGAAACAGUCGGCAUGCAUUAGAAAAUUAUCUGUAAAAAAUGUAACUGGAUGCAACAGCGCACAUGAAUAGAUGCUUGGGGAGCAGGAACACUUUCUGCCCCAGGUAGGACACAUCAGCAGGUUUUAUAGCUUAAUGGUUUUCUCCUGAGAGCAGAAUCUCUCUCGGGCUUUCUCUGAAAACUUUCGAAGUGUUUUCUGCAGUAAAAGUACGGUGCAGCCCUGAGACAGGUACUGCAUGCAGAUUUAAUUAACUCUCUCAAAGCAGCUCAGAGGCCAGUAAGCCUGUUAUGAAAUUCUGAAGGGAUUUACUUAUUUUUCCUGCUAGCUAGUUACAGCCCUGCAUGGUCCAGACCACUUUCAUACUACAAGAUCGGCAUACAGAUUCUUUUGCUUUCAAUUAUCACAUUUAAACAAGGAUUCUGUUCUUUCUGUUUCUUACAUAACGAUUGUCAGUAUAAUCAAUGCUCACUGAACUCAUAAUGCAUCAAAGAAAAUCAAAAUAUUUAAUUUUUAAAAGUUAUUUUUCCUAGUUCAGAUCAAUGCCUUUUUUUGAUUAAAUAACGGUCUGAAGUUUCCCAUGGUCCCUGUCACUGUUGUAAAGUUGUAAAAUCCUAUAACCAAUGCAACAUUCUGACAGUUUUCAAGCUGUUAUUGAAAUCACUGGCAAGCAGGAUUAUGGCCCUGUCAUCCAAACAUGGCAGAGAACCCAUAAACAGUAUUAAAUCUUGCCUUUUAAAAUGCUUAAGUUUCUCAGAACAUCUCAGAUUAUUUUAUAUUUACUAUGCAUUUAGCCUACCGUAUAAUGUUCCAUUUUAAUGAAUACGAUUCGCUCUCUAGUUCUGACAGCUUCCUGUUUCACUCUCGGCCUUCAGCAAGUCCAUGAAUUGUGGGAUGGCUGUCGAGAACAGAGGCUAACGAUCGACGCAAACUUUUGUACAUUUGCGAACCUUCUCUGAAAUGCGUAGGUUUUAUGUCGUCUGUGGUCCCAUCGGUUGUGCCUAGAAGUAGUCCCGUUUCCCUCCGGUAACUGCUAUGAUUGGUCCGGCAGCUUUGCAGCUGUCAGACAGGGCCUACACAGAGAGGAGGGGAUGGAGGUACAUCUCUCCUCAUAGUGACUGCAAGAUUUUAGAGCUUCUGUUAUUUUUUAAAUUGAUUCAGUGCAAAAAAACCUUUGAUGUUUAGGUGGUAUAUUGGGCCCCUUAAUAUUCUAGGCCAGUGUCUGUACCGGAAGCCAAAUCUAGGUUAAUCUAGUGCAUGUUUAGCAGUGUCCCUCCCUGGGUAGGGGAGUGGCAAAAGAUGAUAUUUAAUUAGUUCUGUGUGCUCACUGUUUUUGUCUCCUGUAUCUCCCUGUAUGCGGCUCUUGUGCAAUUAUAGAAGAAAAGCAGUGAAUGUAUAUGAACCAAAAGAGUUUUGUACAGAAGAUUAAUAAAUAUUUAACCGUGA